GAGCAAUGGCAAUAGCAAACUGUUGGUAACUGGAUUGAAGAAAUUUUGAGAUUAGCUAUUGAGACAAUUGUCAAUCAGAUUGUUCACACUGAGAAAAUAUCAUGGAUGUGCAAAAGAGGCCUUUAUUGUUCCCUGAAUGAAAUUGCCAGCUUCAUAGACUUGUUCUGUGCUGUGAAUGAUCACCUUGUGUCUCUACAAUUGGAUACUCCCAAAUGUUUGGGAGAUUCUCAGACUCAAUCACCCAUCUUGUCAAGCACCACCAGCUUCACAGUGGCAGAAUCCGGGAAUCUCUCAGAAACCCUGAGGAAGAAAAAGAAGAAAGAAGAAGAAAAGGAAAACUAUGGCUUUUCUUAAAGUAUCGAAAGCAACAUAGCAACUAUAUUGAUUAGGAAGAAAUUCAGGAUAUCCUCAGAGGGAAGGUGCAAAUUUAUAAAAACAAGUUUUAUAUUCUUUUUGUAUUGUGAUGAAAUAAAUAACAAGGCAUACUUUUUUAUAUCUACACAAGGGUAAUCUAUUCAGAAAUAGAACAGUAUUGUGUUCCUAUACCAAUUCCAACCAGAAUGAACAGGAUCUUAGUCAUACCCGCUGCUGUGUUUAUAGAGAGACACUUACCCGGCACCUGCGUUCCCAAAGAAGAAGGAAAAAAAUUCCUUUGAUGUGCUUGCAGGUCCCGUACCCUACAUGCCUGGAUUAAUGAUCCGUGAUAAAAGACACUGAACAAAAUCCUGCAACUCAGGACAGGAGCUCCAGCUGACAACCACUUCCAUUAGGGUUGAGUCCUGAAGACUGUGUGGUCUGCCUGGUGCCCAGGUUUUUACAGCUUCUCAUCUGACCUGCAGAGGAAUUUGGAGUGGGAAGAGAAAGAUACUUUAUUGAUUCCAAAAGAAAUCACGGUGUCGCAGUAGCAUUACAAGUGCACAGCUGUACAAAUAUUAGAAGAGAAGAGGAAACGGAUGCACCUGGAGAAGACUCACACAUUCCAUGGGGAGGACGUACAGACUCCUUUCAGAUGGCACUGAAACUGACCUCCAAGCUCCAAGCUGUAACAGUAUCAUUCGAGCCUCCUCUCUUGAAAGUCAGGUUAAUUAUAUCAGGAGAACAAUUGCAGGAAAACCAGGAAACUGGAUCAUCUUUUGGAUCAACAGUUCUCUCUCAUUAAUUAUCCACAGAAUAAGGAAAGAAAACUUUAGGGAGAUAAGGAUGUAACAUCCUGGUUAAAAAAAAAGAAUCCCAAGUUUGUCAUCAAACGACUGGAUCAGAAGGACCAAAGGAUUUGCUUCCAUGUUGUAGGAUUCGAUGAAUGUUGACUUGGUACCAACAGUUCAGCAUAAUGAAUGCACCAGAGCCUAAGACUCUCAUCAUCUAAAGUUCAUGCACAUUGGUCUGAUGAGUUUUACAGUCUUCCCAGGUUUCCUUCAAGCCUGAAAUCAAGUGAGAUACAAUGGAUACACAUUCCAGUGGGUCUUUUCCUUUUUUUGGAAUCAAUGAAAUUAGUGCCUCAUAAAAAGUUUUAGGAAGGUUCCCAGAAGAUGUAGAAUCGGUAAACGUUUGAUGAAGAUGUGGUAUAAGCAUUUCAUGAAAAGUCUUGUAAAAUUCUAAAUAAUUGUUUGAUAAAGCUGAUUUAGCAAAUACACUUUCUUUAUAAUUUUGUGCAGUGUACGAUCUGUUACUUCUUGCUGACUGAUAAUUGUGUAUGGGCAGUAAUUACCUAGUAUUUGCUCAGUCGAGGUUCCAUUAAUCAACAUCCCAACUUUCCUGUUUGGAUGAACCCCAAAUUAUACUGACCCUAGAUGUAUAUUGCUUGUGAAAGGUGGCCUCCUCACUGCUGAGUCAUGUGGCCAUUAGCAGAGGCAGCUAUCAAGCAAAGGUUUGCAUAGGAGCCAGUAAGAGGGCUACACCUCUUCUGUAUCUGCCUCCACCACUACUCCUGUCUCUUAAUGUCACGUGUACUGAGAUACUUUGUUCUGCAUUCCAUGCAUACGUCACAUUGCAAACAUAAAUAUAUUGAGGCAGGACAAAAGGAAAAGCAGGAGCAGAAUGCAGAUUACAGUGUUAGUUGCAGUUACAGAGAAAGUGCAGUGCAGGAGACAAUAAUGUGCAAAGGCCACUAUGAGCUUAGUAAUGCAGAGAAGCAGUGACUACCCUCUACCCUCUACUAUCACUCUCCUCCGUCUAGAGGAAUUAGUUCUUACUCUCAAUAAUUUCUCCUUUGGCUCCUCCCACUUCCUCCAAACCAAGGGUGUAGCCAUGAGCACCUGUAUGGGUCCCAGUUAUGCCUGCCUUUUUGUUGGCUUUGUGGAACAGUCCAUGUUCCAAGUCUAUACAGGUAUCCAUACCCUACUUUUCCUUCGCUACAUCGACGACUACAUUGGCGCUGCCUCCUGCAAGCAUGCUGAGCUCGUCGACUUCAUUAACUUUGUCUCCAACUUUCAUGCUGCCCUCAAAUUUACCUGGUCCAUUUCUGACACCUCCCUCCCCUUUCUUGAUCUUUCUGUCUCCAUCUCUGGAGACGGCUUAUCUACUGAUAUCUACUAUAAGCCUACAGACUCUCACAGCUACCUGGACUAUUCCUCUUCCCACCCUGUCUCUAUCAAAAAUGCUAUCCCCUUCUUACAAUUCCUCCGUCUCCGCUUCAUCUGCUCUCAGGAUGAGGCUUUUCAUUCCAGGACGAAGGAGAUGUCCUCCUUUUUUAAACAAAAGGGCUUCCCUUCUUCCACCAUCAACUCUGCUCUCAAACGCAUCUCUCCCAUUUCCCGCACCUCUGCCCUCACCCUAUCUGCCCACCACCCCACUCGGCAUAGGGUUCCCCUUAUCCUCACCUACCACCCCACCAGCCUCCAGGUCCAACGUAUAAUUCUCUGUAACUUCCGUCACCUCCAACGGGAUCCCACGACCAAGCACAUCUUUCCCUCCCCUCCCUUUCUGCUUUACGCAGGAAUCGCUCCCUACAUGACUCCCUUGUCCACUCGUUCCCCCCCAUCCCUUCCCACCGAUCUCCCUCCUGGCACUUAUCCUUGUAAAUGGAACAAGUGCUACACCUGCCCUUACACUUCCUCCCUCACCACCAUUCAGGGCCCCAGACAGUCCUUCCAGGUGAGGUGACACUUCACCUGUGAGUUGGCUGGUGUGGUAUACUGUGUCCGGUGCUCCCGGUGUGGCCUUUUAUAUAUUGGUGAGACCCGACGCAGACUGGGGGACCGUUUUGCUGAACAUCUAAGCUCUGUCCACCAGAGAAAGCAGGAUCUCCCAGUGGCCACACAUUUUAAUUCCACGUCCCAUUCCCAUUCUGAUAUGUCUAUCCAUGGCCUCCUCUACUGUCAAAAUGAAUCCAAACUCGGGUUGGAGGAACAACACCUUAUAUACCGGCUGGGUAGCCUCCAACCUGAUGGCAUGAACAUUGACUUCUCUAACUUCUGUUAAUGCCCCUCCUCCCCUUCUACCCCAUCCCUGACAUAUUCAGUUGUUUGCCUGUUCUCCAUCGCCCUCUGGUGCUCCCCUCUCUUUUCUUUCUCCCGAGGCCUCCCGUCCCAUGAUCUUUUCCCUUCUCGAACUUGGUAUCACUUUCAACAAUCACCUUUCCAGCUCUUAGCUUCAUCCCACCCUCUCCGGUCUUCUCCUAUCAUUUCGCAUUUCCCCCUCCCCCCACUACUUUCAAAUCUCUUACUAUCUUUCCUUUCGGUUAGUCCUGACGAAGGGUCUCGGCCCGAAACGUCGACAGUGCUUCUCUCUAUAGAAGCUGCCUGGCCUGCUGUGUUCCACCAGCAUUUUGUGUGUGUUGUUCAGUGACUGACAUGUUGCUUUCCAGCCUCUUGAGCUCAUGGAACAUUUCUA